AUGGCCUGUACUUUAGAGAAGGUAUUGGGCGAUGCUCGCACUCUCCUGGAAAGGCUCAAAGAGCACGACACUGCGGCCGAAAGCCUGAUUGAGCAGUCAGGUGCCCUCAACCACACCGUGCAGAGCAUGAGAGAGGUGGGCAAUGCUCCUCCUGACAAGAACGUUGAUGAGGCUUCAGUGAUUCAAGAGCUCAGCAAAUACAAGCCACACGUUCUUCUAACUCAGGAAAACACUCAAAUCAAGGAUCUCCAGCAAGAAAACAAGGAACUUUGGCUGUCUCUUGAAGAACACCAAUACGCGCUAGAGCUGAUUAUGGGCCGGUAUCGCAAACAGAUGCUGCAACUUAUGAUGGCUAAAAAGGAACUGGACACAAAACCUGUGCUGACGAUGCAUGAGAGUUAUGCUAAGGAGGUGCAAAGUCAAGUGGAAAGAAUCUGUGAAAUGGGCCAAGUCAUGAGGAAAGCUGUGCAAGCAGACGACCAGCAUUACUGCUCAGUUAAAGAGAAAUUGGCUCAGUUAGAGAUUGAAAACAAGGAGUUGCACGAUCUUUUGACCAUCAGCAAGGCCUCUGUGUGUACACCAAAAGAAGAGCCCAAUGAACCAGCACCAACAAGAAUAAUGGUCCCCACGACAGUCACAACGACAGCUCUGAUAGAAGAAUCUGCCAUGACCCCAGCUAUAGCAAUGCCACAAGAUAUUACAGAAUCAAGUCAAAACUAG